AUGCCUGUUAUUCCCAUUGUAUCUGCAAGAAAUAAAGUGCUGCCUUACUUUAAUGAUCCCAACGAUGAGUAUAUGAAUGCUGAGAUACCAAGAAAAAUGCACAGACAUAAAUUAGCUUUUCAUCCAGAUGAAGUCAAUUCUUAAGAUCAUACUCCUAUUUAGCUCAAUAGACAUUCAUCCUCUCGUAGACAUAGAUAAAAUAUAAAUCCAGAUAGCGAAAAUCACAUUAAUUUUGAGAAUAGGAGAAUGGGUCAAAGAUUAAUGAAGAUAUUGCAUGAGGAGAGUCAACUUAAAAAGUAGACCUAGCAAUAGCAUAUGCAGUAGACAGUGUAUUAAGAUCAAAUAUAGAAGCAGUAAAAGAACAUGAGGAAAAAGAAAUGGGAAAGUAUAAUGGUUGAUAAUUUUAAGAUGCUCGAACGUAUUCAGCAACAAAGGUCCACACUAUCACAUUUCAAUAAGUAGGAUUAAGAUAAAAACACUAUGAAUCGUUACGCCUCUCAUGAUAAACUUAAAGAGUUUAGAUAGGAAUUGUAUUAGCAUGAGAGAGAUUUAAAGCAAGUUAUUGAAGAAAAUGAAAGGCAAAUUAAUAUAAAUAAUAACGAUGAGAGAAACUUUAAUCAUCGAAAGAAAUCUAUCUCGCAUUAAGAUUUGUCAUAAUAUAAAGAGAAUUUUCAAAGGUAAUAGCAAUUGAUAGAUUAGUAAAUCGAAAUGAAUAGACAUCAUAGAAACUACAGUCAAGUUAAAUCAGAACUACCACAGCAACUUCCCUAUUUAUAAAGGCAAGAUUUCAAUAAGAGAGCUUAGUUUGACUUUGAUCAUCAAAGAGUUACCGUGGACUAGAUGUUUCUUUCAACUCAAGAAUAAAAAUAGUAGUCUUUGAAUGGCAUAGAGAAGAAACCGAGGAAUGCUGUAUUGGUUGAUAAGGCAUUCAACAAAGAUUACUAUACUAAAAUGGUCUAAGUAAUCGGAUUGCCUUAGAAAAGGAAAGUUUUAGUGAGAAAUCAAAGAGUAAUUCCUGGCCAGAUGUCUGAGUACCUGGUUGAGCUUUCAAGAACUAAGCUGUAAUUUAUUCAUUUAUUUUAUCCAAAUAGGAAGUUUUUUAUAACUGCAGUUAAAGUCUCAAAUCCGCACAAAUAUCACUUUAUUGAGUUGUUCAGGAAAUAAGGAGACAAACUGGUAAGGUGUCUUGACAAUCAGAUUGAACGAAUAUUUGGGCAGUUAGAAUUCUAUGACGGGAAAAAACUGAUAUUUAAAGAUCUGGAAUUCUUAUUAAACUACAACCCAGACUAUGAAAGUCCAUAGAGUAAGGAAGUAAAGAAACUUUAAAAGAUCAUAUUCCAAAAUAAUCCAGUUAGUUAGAAGACUGCUGUGUAGGCCAAAUCUGAAAAGACAGAAACUGAUCGGAAAUAGGGAGAGAGAUUCAUGUUUGCCUCCUCAUCGCAGGAUGAUUUGUAAUAUGAAAAUUAAAAAAAUCAAGAGUAUAUGAUGAGAUAGCAGAAAUUUAUUUAAGACAGCAAGCAUGUCUUGAGAAAACUUAGAGCCAAUCAGAGUAGUAUAUUCAAUACAGUCAAUCAAACCAAGAUGAAUGCUAUUUCAGAGAGAUCUAAUGAUGAAAGUGGACCAAAUAGUAAGUAUAACAUCUCUGCUAGAGAUUUUGAUUCAAGAAGAGUUUCUAUGGCACCAGAGAUUGAUUUAGAACCGGAACCCCCUAUGUGA